GCAGAGGAGACGGACGGUGGGCGCAGGCUCUGGAGGCCCAAGCGGAAGAGGGGAAGGAGGCGAGCCCGGGAGCCCUCGGCCAAUGGGAGAGGCCUGAGGCGGGGCCGCCACGGGGCUUAGCACGGCGGGGCUCUGCGCGGGAACGCGAACCUGGUCCGGAGCCGGCCUCGGUCUCAGCCCCGCGGGCGGCCUUUCCCGAGUCUUCAACCCUUCAGUCUAUCUUCUAGUCAAGAUGAGUGAUAAACCAGACUUGUCAGAAGUGGAGAAGUUUGACAGGUCAAAACUGAAGAAAACUAAUACUGAAGAAAAAAAUACUCUUCCCUCAAAGGAAACUAUCCAGCAGGAGAAAGACUGUGUCCGAACAUCCUAAAAUGGGGAUCUCCUCUCAAGAGCAGAUUUCAACAUUUCCUGGCGGUCUUGGUUUUAGGCUUGUUUUUUUUUUUUUGAUAAACCUAUGUGUUUGCAGAGAUCUCAGGCAUCUUCUGAUUUCUUCUCACCUAUAUUUCCUGGCUAAGAGGUCUGGGGUAGUGAAUGUUUCCGUAAGUUCCUUUCUAAACUUCCCAUUGGUAUGUAAACUCCACAUGGCAGAUGCCGUCAAUAAUCUUGCCAUUGAUGACAGUUGUAUGUGUAGUCCUUCCACCUCAUACAGGAUAAGCCAAUUUUAACCUUCUACAAUGGGUGCCUCAAUUGUUUCAUAAUCUUCAUGAAGUUGCAUCCUUUGGCAACAUCUUACAGUUUAUUUUCACCUCCAAUGUAGCAAUAAAAUAAGAAAUAUAAUCAUU